UACAGAUGUCUGCAAAAAAAGGCAAAGGGGGUAUAGAGGUCACGAGCUACAGUGACUGGAUGUCACAGCUGCCAUCGAAACUUUGGACCCUUCCUCUCUUUGACCUUGCCAUUCCAGGAAGCCACGACUCAUUGAGUUAUGAUUUGGAUAUCAGCUCUGCAAUUAUAGAGCCUGACCGUCUAAGAAGAUUCAGCAGGAUUUAUUGCAUUCGCAGUAUAGUCCGAACAUGGGGAGCCACUCAGGAAGACAACAUCACGAUGCAACUGGAAGCAGGAGUUCGCUAUUUUGACUUGAGGAUUGCUCGCAAGCGUAAUGACCCCAAUCCCACCAGGCUUUACUUUUACCACGGCUUGUACACAUGCACUGAUGUGGAGACUGUUCUCAGGGAAAUACAUGCAUGGGCAGAGAACCAUCCUAGAGAGGUUAUCAUCCUGGCUUUUUCAAACUUCAGGUUUGAGAAAAACAUUGCAGGACAACUUCACAACCACCUUAUCAGCUUCAUUAAGACCUUGUUCGGAAGCAAACUCGUCCACCGAUCGGACACCCCUAUGCUGAAGAACUGCUUGGAGGGAGGCAAAAACGUCAUUGUUUCAUAUGAUUAUCCAGCAAGUCAUCAUCCUGAAAUAUGGAAUAAAAUAACUUAUUACUAUGCCAACAGCAUGGACCGGGCACAAGUAAAAUCAAAGAUCUCUGAAGCUGUGGAAAAGGAAAAGCCCUUAAAACGCUUUUUUGUGUGCGGUUUGAACCUGACUCUGCCAGAGGAUGCCAAGAUACUCAAGUACAUCCUUCGCCUCUGCGACAGUUUCACCAACGUCUCACACAGGAGCCUGCCCAAGCUGCUCAAGUGGCUGAAGCAGCAAUCAGGCGUCAACAUCGUCGCCUCAGACGUGGCAACUCGUGACAACUUUGUGUCAACAGUUGUUCAGCUCAAUUUGGCACUUGUGAAAGCAUAACUAAAACCUAUCAUGUCUUGUUCUUUAGUUUGUACAUAAUACUGCUUUUUUUUUAACUGAAAAUAUAUAAAAUAUUGUAGUUACUUGAUGCUUAAAUGUUUGCAUGAUGACAAGAAAUAUUAUUGUGUU